AUGAGUGGUACCAUUUCUGGCGGUAGCAGCGGGAUUGAUGGCGAGCCGAGAGCUCGCACAGCUCUUCACUCACCUGCUGGUGCAGCGAACGCCUUUCCUGUUGCUGCGCCACCUGCUGCUGGAACAAGAAUCCCUGCGGCAACAAUGGCAGCAGCAGCAGAAACGGCAGACGCACAGGUGAAGUGGCUGGCAGCAGGCGACAUUAGAGUUGAGAGUGGCCUUGCAAGCGAGGCCGGGUUCGCCCCUGCGACCACCAACAGCAACGUCCACGGCAGCAGCUGCGCAGUGGUGCAGCAGCAGCAGCAGCAGCAGCAGCAGCAGCAGCAGCAGCAGCAGCAGCAGCAAGAGCAACCGGCGUGGAUGAUGGUAGCAGGCACGCUCACUCGCGCUGCUGUUGUCGUCCCCAUGCCCGGCAGCACUGCCAUGCCUGCUCCCAUGCCUGCUCCCAUGCCUGCUCCCAUGCCUGCUCCCAUGCCUGCUCCCAUGCCUGCUCCCAUGCCUGCUCCCAUGCCUGCUCCCAUGCCUGCUCCCAUGCCUGCUCCCAUGCCUGCUCCCAUGCCUGCUCCCAUGCCUGCUCCCAUGCCUGCUCCCAUGCCUGCUCCCAUGCCUGCUCCCAUGCCUGCUCCCAUGCCUGCUCCCAUGCCUGCUCCCAUGCCUGCUCCCAUGCCUGCUCCCAUGCCUGCUCCCAUGCCUGCUCCCAUGCCUGCUCCCAUGCCUGCUCCCAUGCCUGCUCCCAUGCCUGCUCCGUCCCUCGCUCCCACGCACACCCCUCCUGUACUCGCAUCGCCGCUCUCACUGUCCCCAGCAGCCACCACAGGCACAGCCACCACUCCCCCUUAUGCUCCCCUUCCCUCUCCCCUUUCUCUCGCCCCCUCCGCUUCCCCUGCUGCCCCGCCCCCUACUCCCCCUGCUCCGUCCGCGCGCCACCCCUCCCCACACCACUCCAUCCCCCACCACCACCCUCAUCCCCCGCACCAUCCCCACCACCAUAACCACCCGCGCGUGCGGUACCGGGGGGUGCGGCAGCGGCGGUGGGGGCGGUGGGUGACGGAAAUCCGCGAGCCCACCACGCGCACGCGCAUCUGGCUCGGCUCCUACGAUAACGCCGAGGAAGCCGCCCGCGUGUACGACAUGGCCGCCCGGCUGCUCAAGGGCCGGGCGGCGCGGCUUAACUUUCCCCACAGCGUGCAGCCAGUGGCGGUGCCGAGGGGGAUUGCGGAUGCCCUCAUGCGAGCCAGCCGGGCGGCAGCAGAGGCUGGCGGGGGGGAGGGUGGUGGGGGAGGGGGAGGUGCGGGUGGUGGGGGAGAGGGUAUGGAUGAUGGGGAGGGUGGUGGGGAUAGUGUGGUUGACGGGCAUGGUAGGGAAGGGGAUGGUGAUGGGGACUGGGGCGGCAGUGCUGGGUGCGGUGGUGUGAGCGGGAUGGAAUUUGCUGGUGCAGCGGCAGGGGGGCAGGGUGAGGCGGGCGCGGAGGGAGGGGAGGAAAAUAAGGCUUGGGGUGCUGCUCCCUUGCCAUCCAUGCCUGCUGCAACCACCACUGCUGUUACCCCACCUGCUACUACACCACCACCUGCCACUACACCCUCUCCUCCUGCCAUCUCCCAGCCUCUUUCGACACUCCCCUGCUCCAACCCCAACGAACGGACGGACCAGAUUGACCAGAACAGUCAGAUGGAACGUACGGACCGGAUGGAGCAGAUGGACCAGAUGGAACGGACGGACCAGAUGAAACGGAUGGACCAGAUGGAACGAACGGACCAGAUGGAACAGACAUACCAGAUGGAGCGGAUUGAGGCCCCCUUAGAGCCUUAUACAUUGGAGCUUCCACAGGUGCAUUCCCACACCUCCACUGCCACCACUGUAACCAGCGUUACUGAUGGUAACAUGGUUACCACUACAGGCACUACCAGCGGCACUGCCACGACAACGGCCUCUGAUUGGUCAGCGAACGUUCUUGUCGACUCCAAUGAUUCCUCCAUGCAGAUCUUCGGGCAGGCGCUUAAUGUUUUCUGCCCGAACCACCAGUCGCCUUCUAAAGUUUCUUGUAACUCCCCGCCCGAACCAUCUGUCCGAACCUCACUCCACCAAGCCCCUCUCUCUCGUCCGGCGACCGUCCCAGCCAGCCGUCCUGCCAUUCGCGCUGCCGAACCUCCUCCUCUUGUUCUCCCACCCUCGCUGGAUGCCCUUUCAUUGGCCAGCCUCAGUGCCGAACCUCUGUUGUUGCCAACCCUUCCAGAGAGGUUCGGGGGAGGUUUGGAGGAGGAGGGGAUGACAGGAGAUGAAGGAUGCUCUCGCCUUCUGAAGUUCGUUGCGACGCAAGCGUCAAGCGAUCCCCUACCUAUCAAAUCUCAGCAUUCAGCCAUGGCGUUGCCGAGGUUGAGAAUCGAACCCGGGGCGUUAGCAUUCAGCUUCGAGGCGGGAAAGGAGCUGCGCACGCGCGUGAGGAUUCACAAUGACUACUCCAAGGAUGUCGUUAUCACGAUCAAGCCGGGCACGGUGCGCAAGUACGAGGUCAAGGACGGCACCAAGAUCGUAGUGCCUGAAGGCUCCUCCUUCCUCCUCACUGUGUCGUGCUUACCGCUGUCAUCCAUGCCCUUCUGGCCUGAUGCCUUCGUGCUGGCGUGCCACAUGCCCACUGACAAAUUCACCCGCCGCCUCUCCCUGCACACGCCCAUGUCGCAACUGCGCGCCGUGUGCCAGAUGAAGCUGCCUGUGAUUUUCACAGACGAAGUCACCAAGGGGGUGGCGGAGGAGCAACACGCGCAGGCACAGGCCAAGAAGCAGAAAGAGAAGGAGAGGCAGCAGCAGAAGCAGCUGCAGGCGCCAGCACUGAAAACCCCCUUCCUCGAGACCACAUGUGCGGGCUUCAACCUGCUGCCUGCUCUCUCGUUCCCCGCUUCCCUCCCUUCUUUCCCUCCUCUCCACCCCUUCCCCCUCCCUUCACAGCUGUGGGAGCUGUUCCUCGAGACAUCAAGAGCGGAUUUCAAGCUGCUCUCUGUCUCUCCCUUCUUCCACAUACCCCACAUCUCACAACCUUCCUGCCUCCCCCCCUCCCUUCACAGCUGUGGGAGCUGUUCCUCGAGACAUCAAGAGCGGAUUUCAAGCUGCUCUCUGUCUCUCCCUUCUUCCACAUACCCCACAUCUCACAACCUUCCUGCCUCCCCCCCUCCCUUCACAGCUGUGGGAGCUGUUCCUCGAGACAUCAAGAGCGGAUUUCAAGCUGCUCUCUGUCUCUCCCUUCUUCCACAUACCCCACAUCUCACAACCUUCCUGCCUCCCCCCCUCCCUUCACAGCUGUGGGAGCUGUUUCUGAAGACGUCAAGGGCGGAUUUCAAGAUGCUGCAGCAUCGCCUGGAGGCCGCUCUGCUCGAGGUGCAGGCCGUCAAGUCACAGCUGAUCAUAGACCUACCAAUGCUCAACGUGUCCUUCUCCAGCCUCUCCGAAUCCUCACUCCCCUCGCCCAACAAAGCCUCCUCCGCACCCUCGCGAGACACCAGCUUCGCACCACCGCACUCCACCGCUCCCUACUCCCGUUCCUUCUCCAACGACCAGCUGAACCCCCCCGGCAGCAGCAGCAGCAGCGCGGAACACGCCAACGUGCGGCCGCCCUUCACCCCGAAGCCCACCACAUCCGAGUCUGCUCUACUCCCAGUCUCCGUCUCCUCGCUCUCCGCCCAGCCGUCCUCUCUGGCGACCUCCUCCAGCAGUCUGCAGCUGACGGGAUCAGGGGGGGCGCGCGCGCUGAGCAAGUGGGGCGCGGGAGGGGAGAGCGCGGUGGAGAAGGAGCUGCAGCGCAAGGAGAUGAUGCGGCGGGCGCUGAUUGAGGAGAAUAAUGAGUUGAAGGACAGGUUGGAGGAGAAGGAGAAGCGGGAGAGGCAGGCGCUGCGCCGGGCAGAAGUCAUGAAGCAGGACGCGGACACGACGAGGAGUCAGCUGCAGGCGAUGCAGCAGCGGUUGGAGGAGGAGGAGGCGCAGCGGAAGACACUGCAGAGAGAGCUGCAGGCUCUCAGAGCCCAGGUGGUGAGCGGCGUACAGCAGCCGCAGCAGGUGCUGCAGCAGCAACAGCAGCAGCAGCAGCAGCAACAGGGGGUUGCGGAGGAGGAGGAGGAGGAGGAGAAGCAGCCACAGGGGGGAGAACAUCAGCGACAGCAGCAGCGGCAGUGGGAGACUGAGGAGCAAGCAGGGGAGUCGCAGGGAGAAACAGACCAUGAGCAUGCGCAUGCAGACAAGCACGGUGAGGAUGGAGUGCAGGCGAGUGAUCAGAGUAGUGAGAGGGCGAGUAGUGAGAGAGAGGAGAGGGCGAAGAGGAAGGAGAAGAAGGAGAAGAAGGAGAAGAAGAGUAAGGAGGAGAAGAAGGAGAAGAAGAAAUCCAAGGAGAAGAAAGCAAAAGAGAGCUCAAAAGAAGGAGUGGAGCCUGGGUCAGUGCGAAGCUACGCGGUGGUGGAAGGGCUGAAGCACAUUGUGCCAACAGGGCGAUCCAUCACACUCACAGUGCUGUGCUCUCCCCUGCCAGCCAUGCCAAUCUUCCCGGACCAAUUCCGUGUAACCACCUACAGGGCCGGUUACCACUCCUCAGACGCCCUAUCGAUCUGCAGUCCGCUGUCCUCCCUUGAGAUUGUGAGUGCAACCAAUCUGCCUGUGCUGUUCGUCUGCAAGUCUACCAGCACAAGGGGAGUAGCGUUUCCAGAAAUGGGAGAGAAGCAGGGGAUAGCAGCAGCGCAUGCAGGACGGGAAGGGAUUGGGGUAAGGUGGGCAGUGGCGAGAGAUAAGCUAGGGAGGCUGCAGCAGGAGAGGAAGGGGGAGGGGCAGGAGGAGGAGAAGGUGAGGCAGGAGGAGGGGCAGCUGUGGGAGAGGUUUCUCAAGUCCACUCGUGCGGACUUUACAGGACUGCAGAGGCACGUGGUGGACGUGGGCAUGCAGAUGGAGCAGCUGCAGCAGGAGAACCAGAGGCUCAAAGAGGCGCUGCAGCAGCAACAGCAGGUAUGGGAAACUGGGGAGGGCAGGCUAGAGGUGGGUGAUACAGUCAAUGCACUACACUUGGAGGCACGUGGUGGACGUGGGCAUGCAGAUGGAACAGUUGCGGGAGGUGAAGCAGAGGCUCAAAGAGGCGCUGCAGCAGCAACAGCAGCUUCGGGGGCACUGCAAGAAGCUCUGCCAGAGGGGAACAGCGACCCGAACGGUGUUUUGGAAGCUUUAGAGGCUUCGGAUGCUUCAGGGGUGCUUCAAAGGUCACUGGCAGAGGAGAACAGGGAGCUGCGGGAGAGGGUGGAGGAGAACAGGGAGCUGCAGGAGAGGGAGGAGGAGAACAGGGAGCUGCGGGAGAGGGUGGAGGAGAACAGGGAGCUGCGGGAGAGGGAGGAGGAGAGGGAAAGGGCUGUGAGGGCCGCCCAGAGCACUGCGGACACACUCGCCAGUGAGCUGGCUUUAGCGCAGUCCCAGUUGUCAGCAGCGCAGCAGCAGGUGCUGGAGGAGAGGGAGGGGCGGCAGAGGCUGGCAGGGGAGGUGGAAUCCAUGCGGGCGCUGCUGCUGCAGCAGAUGCAGGCCGUGGCGGAGCAGAAGGAGCUCAUUCAACGGCUACUGGAGCGACAGCAGCAGCAGGCUGAGGUUUCAGAGCCAGGAGGGUCAGGGACAGUGGGCUCAGGGGCAGUGGGGUCAGAGCCUGUAGGAUCAGCGGCUGUGAAAUCAGGGGCAGGGGAAUCAGCGGCUGUGGAAUCAGGGGCAGGGGAAUCAACGGCUGUGGAAUCAGGGGCAGAGGAGUCAGGGGCUGUGGAAUCAGGGGCAGAGGAGUCAGGGGCUGUGGAAUCAGGGGCAGAGGAGUCAGGGGCUGUGGGAUCAGGGAAAGGGGCUGGGGAAUCAGGGGCAGGGAAAUUAGAAGCACGGGAAUCAGUGGCAGGGGAAUCAGGGAGAGGGGAAUCAGGGGCGGGGGAAUCAGGGGCGCGGGAAUCAUGGGCGGGGGAAUCAGGAGCGGGGGAACCAGGGGCGGGGGAAUCAGGGGCAGGGGAACCAGGGGUGGGGGAAUCAGGGGCGGGGGAAACAGGGGCGGGGGAAUCAGGGGCAGGGGAGUCAGCGGUUGGGGGGUCACAAAUAAGGGGUUCAGAAGCAGUGGGAUUAGGGGCAGAGGUUGAGGAUUGCGAGAGUAGAAGUAAGGGUGAUGGGGAUGGGAAGAAGCGGAAGGAUAAGAAGGAGAAGAGGGAAAGAAAGGAACGGAAGGAGCGAGAGAGGCAGGAGAGAAAGGAGAGGAAGGAGAGGGAAAAAAGGGAGGAGCGGGAGAAAACGGACAAUACAGAGGAGAGAAAGGAGGAGGAGCAGGAGCAGGCGGAUUGCCUGGGCAGGGAGGGCGCGGGAGGGGCAGAAGUGGAAGGGGUUCUGAGGAGUGCAGAUGGCAGAGACAAAUGUGACAGGUGUGCUGAAACAGGUGGUGCGGACUGCUGUGAGGGGGAGCGAGCUAGGGGUGGAGCAGAAGAGUCAGCCUCAGCUGUGGCAAGAACGGGAGAAGAGCACAGAAAUCCUCGGAAUGGUGAAGUUCUGGGCAUUGUGGAAGGCAGGGUAGGCAAUGCGCUCUAG